UAUUAUUGUGAAUCACCCUUAAACACUUGACAUUUCUCAAAAUAUUGCACAACAUUUCUUAACUGUUUUUGUGUUUAUUUUAUAGUUAAGCGUAUUGUUUAUUACAUUAGUAUCAUUUAGAGUUUAAAGAGCAACGAAUAAAAACAGAAUGUCGUGCCCUUGGGCUAAAAUUGAGAAACCCGAACCUGUUAACUUCGAAGACAUCAUGUCUGAAGAGGUAGCAAGAGAUUUGCAGGCAAAAGAAGAAAAAAAAUCUUUUAAAAACGUGGAAACAACCGAAGAAGUGAAAACCAUGAAGAGUGAAGAAAAUAUUCCCGUUGAUGUGCUGAAAGCCAUUUCGAGCGAAACCUAUGAAUCAGACGAGAUGAUUGCAAAAAUGCUUCAGAUGCAGUUUAAUAAAGAGUACGACGAUAAUUUACAACGUACCGCAGAAAAGUAUAAUGGGGGUUCCAAAGUUUCAGUAUCUUUCGAGAAUUAUAAGAGAGCCCCAUAUUCUUUUGAUUUCGAAUCUGACUCGGAGGAAGAAGAAAUAACGGACAUAUUGGACCGAAAAGACUGGGACAGAUUCGACGACGUUCUGCGUAAAUACAACGACAUCCCGAAAACCGGGUACAAAGUAAAUCCAGACGGCAGCAUUGUCACAAAACACGACGUCGACAUGAACGGAAGAAAAAACGCGUGCAAGCUGCUCGCGUUUCCCCCGGAAUUUUGCACGGGUGACGGCGAAGACUUCGACCUGAAAAUAUCGAACAAAGUUUUCAACAGCCUCAAAAUGCACUCGAAAAACGAGCAGGCGCGCAGACAUAAAUUUCACGACAAAAAGGAGGAUCAAGCCACCGCUGAAUUCGGAAUGGACGAAUACACGCAGCUCAUUUUGUACAAGAUGAUCAACAGGGCUCUGCUGGACCAAGUCAACGGCAUCAUCAGCAUAGGCAAAGAGGCCGUGAUCAUACACGCGGACGGCGACAGCACCAACGAGAAAGUCCAAGUGCCGAAGGAAUGCGCCAUUAAAGUGUUCAAAACGACUCUGAGCGAGUUCAAACAGCGGGAUAAGUACAUAAAAGACGACCAUAGGUUUAAAAAUCGUAUUGGGAAUUUGGAGGCGAGGAAGACUGUGAAUUUGUGGGCUCAAAAGGAGAUGGCGAACUUGAUAAGGCUCAAAAGGGCCGGUAUACCUUGCCCCGACGUUGUCGAAUUGAAAAAACACGUUUUGGUUAUGUCGUUUAUCGGCGAGAAUCAUAGAGCCGCUCCCAAGUUGAAAGAUACCAAAUUGACGGAUGCUGAAUACAUAGUCGCCUAUGAACAGAUAAUAGAGGACAUGAAAUCUUUGUACCAAAAAGCGAAUUUGGUUCACGCAGAUUUAUCCGAAUACAACAUUUUGUACCACAAAAAAACGUGUUACUUUAUCGACGUCAGUCAAUCCGUGGAACCUUCGCACUUAAAUUCUUUUCAUUUUUUGAUGAGGGACUGCGAAAAUAUCACCAAUUAUUUCACCAAAAAAGGCGUACCAGAAAUGAAGACACCGCAAGAAUUGUUCGAGUACAUAGUCGGUUAUUCCUACGAAGACAGAGUUGCUUUGGAUUUAAUUAUAGAGAACUUUAAGCCAAAACCGCAUUUGGUUGGCAGACCUGGCGUGGAAUCUGGUUACAAUUUCGACAACGCGUGGGAGAAGUCGAAAAACGGGGAACUACCGAAUAUCGACGCAGAAGAAGUUGUUGCUUAGGUUGUUAUUAUUUUGUUGAUUAUGUUUACAGGAA